GCGCCGCCGAGAGCACCAGCCGCCGCGGGAGCUGCUCCGGCCGCACCAUGCGCGAGCUGGCCAUCGAGAUCGGGGUCCGAGCCCUGCUCUUCGGGGUCUUCGUUUUUACAGAGUUUUUGGAUCCGUUCCAGAGAGUCAUCCAGCCGGAAGAGAUCUGGCUCUAUAAAAACCCUCUGGUGCAGUCAGACAACAUCCCCACCCGCCUCAUGUUUGCAAUUUCUUUCCUCACACCCUUGGCUGUUAUUUGUGUGGUGAAAAUUAUCCGGCGAACAGACAAGACUGAAAUUAAGGAAGCCUUCUUAGCGGUAUCCUUGGCUCUUGCUUUGAAUGGAGUCUGCACAAACACUAUUAAGUUAAUAGUGGGAAGACCUCGCCCCGAUUUCUUUUACCGCUGCUUUCCAGAUGGAGUGAUGAACUCAGAAAUGCACUGCACCGGUGACCCGGAUCUGGUGUCCGAGGGCCGCAAAAGCUUCCCCAGCAUCCAUUCCUCCUUUGCCUUUUCAGGCCUUGGCUUCACAACGUUCUACUUGGCUGGCAAGCUGCACUGCUUCACGGAGAGCGGGCGGGGCAAGAGCUGGAGGCUCUGUGCCGCCAUCUUGCCCCUGUACUGCGCCAUGAUGAUCGCCCUGUCCCGCAUGUGUGACUACAAGCAUCACUGGCAAGAUUCUUUUGUGGGUGGAGUCAUCGGCCUCAUCUUCGCCUACGUUUGCUACCGACAGCACUACCCUCCUCUGGCCAACACAGCCUGUCACAAACCCUACGUGAGCCUCCGGGGCUCGACCGCCAUGAAGAAAGAGGAGCCGCCCAUGGCUGACAGUGCGCCCAGCCUGCCUCUGGAGGGCGUCACCGAGGGCCCCGUAUGACUCCGUGUAGGGAGGACGGCCGUCAGUCGCAGGUGCUUCCGACCUGCCACCUCAGCAGCCAAGAUUGGCUUCUCUGGCGAGUUUCUCAUCAGUCGUUUCUCAAAGUUAUCCCGCUCCCAUUCUGCUGAUGAUGUUCCUGAUACCUUAAGUGUCUGCAUCUGACUGUCUUGACUUUGCAAAAGGAAGGACCCAGGAACCAUCCCCGCGCGAGGGGCGUGUGGAAGGGAAGGAGGCUGCCAGGGCGGGGUGGGUGCAGGGCAGUCGGCUCCCGUCUCUGAAAUGUUUGCCCUCAUGGCCACCUCCCUGUGUCUUCAUGGUUGUAAAGCAUAAUAAAACCUCCCGCCUGGAAGACCUGGUGUGGCCAUCGGUACAGCAAAGUCAUGUGGAGAGGACGCGGUGGGUCUUCCAGCCGUGGCCAGUGGGGUGGCCGGUGGUCUCAGUGCAGAGCCUGGAAAUGGAAUGGGAGGCCUCUCUCGGCCUGGGCCCUGGGGUUGCGGCUCAUCUGCCGCCUGGCACUUCCAGGGCUUGCCCAAUCACUGCAGUUAGGAGGAAGUCAGUGCAGACGUCAGUCCACUGGAAAGAAAGACCCGUGAGUGCCAGGGUGCGGAGGUCGCCGCCACUGUCCGAGGGUAUGGCUUGUGUGGCCUUGCCAGGGAAGGCUGGUGGCCCUGGAGCUCAGCAGCAUUUCAAGGCACUUUGUCUCCUGGGGGAUCCGAGUCUUGCUAGGUCGGUUUUGAAUGGGCAGCACGGUCCCAUUUCUGCUAGCAGGCGGCAUUUCAGAGUGGGGGGCUCUGGUAAAAGGUGCAAGAACAGUAUCAGCAAUGUGCUGUCCUGCUCUCUCCUGCUCUCUGCUCCUGGCGUUGUUUUACAUGUGCCCCGUUCAGGGGCUUUGUGCAGUCUGAGCACAGAGCUGCUGCUUGGCCAGCUCGUUCUUUGCAAAUGCAAAGACUGUGUGGGUCUUCCUGUUCCCAGGUCUGUGGGGAGGAGAGGCGUCUCUGAUGCCUUGCGCUGUCACUUUCAGGCAGCUCAGGUAACGGGGCAUUGGGGAAGAUGCAAGCCGCUGCGACGCUGGGCUGAGCAGCUCCAGGCCGGGAGUGCCACCCCCUCUCGACGGCAUCAGGCUGGGUGUGCGUGUCCCACCAGGUAAAGCCUUGUCGAAGGACCCGCAGCAACUCUCCAAUGUGGCCUGAAAUGAGCUAAGUUUGGGGAGUGACGGGCAGGGCGUUUACUUACAGCUUGGCGGUGGUCUCUGCUUUUCUCUCGGCCUCUCUGUCCCGAGUGUCUUUUCUGGGUCUCUGCAUUGCUUUGUGUCCAGGACUUCUAUGCUCUUUCCUCCCUCCUUGCCAUGUCUGCCGCUGGUGUGUCUCUGGACCCAGCGCCCUGAGCUGGGGGUGCUGAGUAUGUUAGGCUGAGUAGAUUAGCUUCUUCUGUACCAAACACCAGGCUCUUUUGUGGAACAAAAAGCCUUGCGGAGGGGGGAAGAUCCCUUUCAAGCCAUCCCAUGAUCCCAGGACUGGAGGGUGGAGCCUCCCAAACCUUGUCACUGCCGUCAGAAAGACCUUAGAAAUCUUUACGAUUGUCUUCAUGCUCUUAUUUUUUUCCUGACAGCUAAAAGAUAGAUAAAUAGUGCCGAACGCUCAUUGGCUGGUUUGGGAAGAGAAGGAUAAUUUGUUGGGAUAUUAUUUUGU